ACUCCUACGCGCCGGAUGUUCUUCUACAACGUGUUGAAGGAAAAUUCACGUGUGCGUAUUUUAAGCUGCGUUUUACUAUCAGAAGUCGGAUCAACUAAUAACAGAUUUGUCUAGUGUUCUUGUAGCUGAGAGUCAUGGGUCGGAAGUUGGAUCCCACCACCUACGUGAAGAGAGGCCCCGGGAAGAAAACCAAGAAGCAGCAAGGGGCAGAGACCGAGUUGGUCAAGUUUCUAACUGAUGAGGAAACUGGACCAAAACGUCUGUCAAGUCGAGGCAGGAAAAGAGCUGCAAAAAGAGUCCAAAAAAAGGAAAAGCCUGCUAAGGAGAAGCCCAAGAAAGGAUUCACUGAUGACAACAGUAAAUGGUUGACACCAGCAAAUAGAAAGCGCAAAAUCAAUGAACCUGAAAACGAGGACGACAGCGAUGAGCACUGGGAGGAAGAAGAAGAUUUGGAAAAGGAGGAGGAGCAGCAGCAGAAGAAAGGUGGAAAUGACCAAGGAAAGAAGGGUGCAAAAUUGAAAGAAGUGGAGGAGGAUGAUGACGACGAUGAUGAUGAAGAAAUGGUUGAUGACUACGGUACACUUGAUGAUGGCAGUGGUGAAGAAGCAGCUGAGGAGGAAAGUGAUGGCGAGCUUCUUCCCAUUGAGCGUGCAGCCAAGAAAGAGAAAAAGCUGAAGGAAACCAUGGGUCUAGGGAGUGACGACGACGAUGAUGAUGAUGACGAUGAAGAAGAAGCAGAUGGCGAUGAUGAAGACAAAUCAGAUGCUGACAUGGAUGAGGAAGACACAGUUCAAGCCAACAUAGAUGAAAUGGAUAAAUUCAGACUACCUGGGGCAGAGGAGAGUGAGAAGGAAGGUGUACUGCCACUAGACCUGAAGUCAAUCUAUCAAAGAAUAAAGGACAACAUUGAUGUCCUUUGUAAUUUCUCAACAAAAAGAGAGGAGGGGAAAGAGAGAGCCGAGUACAUUUCUCUUCUGAAGAAGGAUCUCUGCACCUAUUACAGCUACAACAACUUCCUCAUCGAGAAGUUAAUGGACCUCUUCCCUCUGUCAGAGCUGGUUGAUUUCCUUGAGGCCAAUGAAGUUCACAGACCUGUCACAAUUCGGACCAACACGCUGAAAACAAGGAGGCGGGACCUUGCACAGGCCUUAAUCAACAGAGGAGUUAACCUUGAUCCACUGGGAAAAUGGUCCAAAGUGGGUUUGGUCAUUUACGACUCCUCAGUGCCUAUAGGGGCCACUCCAGAGUAUCUGGCUGGUCAAUAUAUGCUGCAAGGAGCCUCCAGUUUCCUGCCAGUCAUGGCACUCUCACCACAGGAGGGAGAGCUUGUGUUGGACAUGAGCUCAGCUCCAGGAGGCAAGACCACCUAUAUUGCUCAGCUGAUGAGAAACACAGGGGUGAUCGUGGCCAAUGACGCCAACGCUGAAAGAUUGAAGAGUGUAGUGGGCAACAUCCAUCGCCUGGGCGUCACCAACUCAGUGGUUUGCAACUAUGAUGGCAGGCAGUUCCCAAAGGUAAUGGGAGGGUUUGAUAGAGUGCUGCUUGAUGCUCCAUGCUCAGGCACAGGAGUCAUAGCUAAAGACCCCGCUGUGAAGACCAGUAAGGAUGAGGCCGAUAUCCUGCGCUCUGCCCACUUGCAGAAAGAGCUGAUUCUGUCUGCCAUUGACUCUGUCAAUGCUGAAUCCCCUACAGGAGGAUAUCUGAUCUACUGCACAUGUUCAAUAAUGGUGGAGGAGAAUGAAUGGGUGGUGGACUACGCUUUAAAGAAAAGGAAUGUGAAGUUAGUUCCCACUGGACUUGAUUUUGGCAAGGAAGGCUUCACCAGGUUCAAAGAACGUAGAUUCCAUCCAACUCUCAAACACUCAAGGCGGUUUUACCCUCAUUCUCACAAUAUGGAUGGGUUUUUUGUGGCCAAGCUGAAGAAAUUCUCCAAUGUAACUCCAACUGCACCCACAGGCAAAGAAGACGAGAACGCAGAGGCUCCUGAGGCAACGGUAGUUACAGAUUCUCCUGAUGAAAAACCAUCUGAAAGCGACAAGACCAAGAAGAUCGUCCCCGGCAAGGCAGGCAAGUCAAAAGAAAAAGCCCAAGCCAAUGGAACAGCAGCCAAGAAAACAGCAAACAUCCAGCCCAAAGGCAAAAAGGACUCACCUGCUGGACCCAAAAAAGCAAAGAUCGCCAAGUUGGAUGGAGAGACUGUGAAGGGGUCAGGAGCCAAGAAACCGACAGCGAAGGCAGCUGAUGAGACCAAAACAUCAAAAGCUGACAAAAAGGAAGGAAGCAGAUUUGAGAAAAAGCAGGCCAAUAAGAGAAAAUCACCCAUGAAAGCAAAUAAAAGAAUCGGCAAGAAUAAAUUCCAAAAGUUGAAGCACAUGCUGCAGAAACAACCUGGUGGAGAAUGAUCAUGUGUACAGUGUGUUCAGAUGUAGUAGAUUAUGUAAGAGCUUCCUUACAGAGCGACUUCAGCCCAGACUUACUGUUCAGCUAACGAGUAUUCAGGUGUGUGUGCUCUGCUGAGAAAUCCUACUGUACUUGUCAGUCAAAUAUGAUUGUAACAGGACUGUGUACAGAUGAAUUUGACUGGUACAGUAAACUCUACUCUUGAUAUUGUUGGGUUAUCCAUUUUUUAUUUGUAUUACAGAAUAUUCAUUAUGUAUGUCUGUUGAUUUAAAUGCAGGGUGGGACAACCUCUGUAAAUCUGAGACAUAAUAAAUCUUUUAAGGUCAUUUUCUCA